AUGAGCUGGGACUACGACUCGCAGGCCAACUGUGGCGGCAGCGGGCCUGCGUCUCAUGCGCCAAAGGCAAGCGCGUGUGCAAAAGGUCCGCGCUGCCCUCCAGCCCAACACCGCCUCCCCGACCUUCAUGAGGAACUGCUUGUUGCGGUUGCAAGCGUGAAGCUCGCCUUUGAGGCUGCUGUCGCUCCGGCAGUGCAGGUUGUUGACUACCCUGCUGCCCCGGUUACUUCGCCAUUCGGCGCGUUCUUUCGUGGAUUGGUUUUUUAG